AUGUCGACGAAACCUAGAAACGCAACCUCGGCAACCUUCGACCUCGUGCGCACCUCGCUCUAUCUCCCCCUCGGCCUAGCUGCCGUCUACCUCACCUUCUUCCUCGCCCUCCUCACGCCCAUCUUCCAACGCCACUUUAUCUUCCUGCACGCGAUCCGCUUUCCCUUCUUCCCAGCCUACGAUCAGCCUGCAAAGUACGGUCUGGCGCCGUUCAAGACACGCGCGCUGACGCUGCACACGGCCGACGGCGAAAGGCUCGGAGCGUGGCAUGUGUUGCCAGAGGUCUUCUACCAGGCACGAGUGAACGAUGAGGAAGGUGACGGGGUGUGGGGGGCAGAGGUGUAUGAGCAGGCGAUGCGGGAGUAUCCGACGAUUCUGUAUCUGCAUGGCAACUCGAUGAACCGCGCCGCUCCGUGGCGUAUCGCUGCGUACUCCGCCAUGACUGGCCGGGUGGAUGCGAAUGUCGUGGCGAUUGACUAUCGCGGGUUUGGCGACAGUAGUGGGACGCCAAGCGAGCAGGGGCUGGUCGAGGAUGCGGAGACGGCGUGGCGUUGGAUUCGCGAGCAGCAGCAGGGGACAUCGCCGGGAGUUACCGUAUUUGGUCAGAGUCUGGGCACAGGCAUCGGCGCUCUGCUCGCUGCGAAGCUCGACAGGCAACAGACGCCCGUAGAUGGCCUCGUGCUCAUGGCGCCGUACACCAAUCUCAAGUCUCUCGUCAAGGAUUUCAGAUUGGGAGGACUGCUACCAUUACUCAAACCGAUCGGUGCCAUCCCAUUCAACAACUACAUCCUCGACACAUUCCUCCAAACCCACCUGAGCACCAUCACCACGCUCCCGCACCUCGUCACCUCCGCCUCCCUCCACCGCACCUCCAUCGUCCUCCUCCACGCACACGACGACCCCGUCAUCCCCAUCGCCCACUCCCACCGCCUCUUUCACACGCUCCUCUCCCACUCCGCCUCCUCCCCCUCAGUCCAAUCCCGAACCGUCCACGGCUACGCCCACAUCCAACGCUUCCCCACCUCCACAUCCGCAGCCGUCACACUCAUCGAAACGCAACACGGCGGACACAACCAGCUCACCGAAGGCGCACUCGACCUUGUACGGCUCGCUCUACGUCUGCCUUCGCACCUCGACACAUCCUAG